AAAAUCUAAUAAAUUACGCUUCCCAUAACAUUGAAAUAAGAAUAAGCAUCUUCGGGUCUCUUGGAUGUGUAGAUAGAAAUACAUAAUCAUUCCAUACCUUCUAUACUGAUGUGUUAAUAGGCUAAGCUUAUCAAAGAAAAUGGGUGGCUUGUUUAGUUACUUCAGAGGGUUGCUAGGGGCGCGGGAAAUGAGAAUUCUGAUCCUCGGUUUGGACGGUGCCGGGAAGACGACAAUUCUGUACAAACUACAGGUCGGGGAGGUGGUGACGACCAUACCAACAAUCGGGUUCAAUGUGGAGCAAGUAACGUACAAAAAUCUUAAGUUCCAAGUGUGGGAUCUUGGUGGACAAACAAGCAUUAGGCCAUACUGGCGGUGUUACUACGGCAACACAGAUGCAAUCAUCUAUGUGGUAGACUCAGCAGACAGAGAUCGAAUAGGAAUAUCCAAAGAUGAACUUGUGCAUAUGUUAAGAGAAGAAGAACUAGCAAACGCGAUCUUGGUGGUCCUAGCAAACAAACAAGAUAUGGCAGGGUGCUUGACGGUAGCUGAGGUCCACCAAGCGUUAGGAUUGGACGCACUGCGUGACCGCACCUUCCAGAUUUUCAAAACUUCGGCGGUGCGCGGCGAGGGACUCGACCAAGCAAUGGAUUGGCUGUCUAAUGCGCUGCAGGCUAGGAAAUAACAUAUAUGUGGGCUGAUGUACAAGAGGGAAUGCGACAAGUGGGAGUGGCUGUGUGCGUGGAAGAGAGGUGACAGUGAUCAGUACGCCACUAGUUUUAGUAUUCGCGUCGCCGCCGGGGGCGCCACUACUCGUUGGGCCCUGUUUCACACAAAUAUAACAAGAGUAAACCGAACAUGAUGUGCUUGUGAGCUAAUAUACCGGUUUCUACCCAUAAGUAAUCGUGACACGGUGUAUUUGCUCUUUAGUACGAUAUCCUCAUAUUGGGGUACCAUAGCCGAAUAAUCGUUGAUGGUAAUGACAGCAAAUAGUUUCAUUGUAUUGUUAACGCUUUCGCCUGUUUAUCAUUAUUUCUUGCUAUAAAUAUAUUUGCAAGAUGGAAUAACAAAAUUACAGAUCAUCAUGUCUCUAUUAGUUCACUGUUGGACACAGUCCUCUCAAAGGGCAUAAUCGUAACAUUGGGCAGACAAAUAUUAACGAUUACUGUAAACCUAACAGCGAUAUGAUUGUUAAGUAAGGUAACAAAAUUGUAGUGGUGUGUAUUGUAGUUUAACUUCGAUUGCAACGAGAUUAUAGCAUCUUAUCUGACUUAUCUAUCAUGACAAAUGUGACAUUGCGGCUUGUAUGUGUGCACGCCGCCGCACCCCAUGUGCGGACGCAUUAUUAUUGUUAUCAUUUCUUCAUUGACUUACAAAUAAAUGACGACGACGGGUCUAAUACAAAAACCACGAAAAAAAUGUCCCAAGUCAACCUAUUUAAACGUAGUGACAUGUAAAGGAAU